UGGUGGGGAAGCGUCACCCAGCGGCAUUCUCGAUGGCGACAGGAGAUGACGAAUCAGCACCAAGGUUAUCGCCCAUCUUUGCCUUUUCCGGGGUUGGCGGCAGGUAUCAAUGUUUGGUUUUGUGUAAAUUGAAAACCAAUUGAAGCGUAACAAUGGUGGUCAAUGACCCAUCCAAUGACUCAUAAUUCGAUAUAUUAUAAUAGUUCAAUAGAUUAUAGAGAGUAUUACUUUUUCUAGCCAUUCCGCGAGAGAAAGUAGUCCAUUCCAUGAACGCGGAGCGGCUUGACUAAUUUGCAGACAACUUGCUGUAAUAGGGUGAAUAAACCCAAACUCUAUUUUCUAGUUGAUUUAACUACCCAGCCUUCUUUAUGGGCCUGUUUACAAUAUCGAAUUGCCAUAUAAUAUGGACGUAGUACCAAGUUUAUUCACCGCCACAACCCGGUUGUUAUUCUUGUGGUCAUCCGCUGUACAGAACAGGAAUGAUGAAACGAUCAUUGUAUUUAGAAAACAAUAACAUGUUCUUAUAUGUACAGUUAAAUUGAUCAAGUCAAGUAGAUUAUCUCUGCCAGUUCACAAAUAACAGUUUGAAGUCUGAAAAGGGGCUUGUACCUUAGAAAUAAGCCCACACAAUAUUUGUUUUGAACAAUUUCUUUUAGUUCUAACAGUGAAAAUCCAAGGACAUUCCUCCUUGCGUUCGAUUUUCUUCCUGUUUACCCUGGUUGCCAUGGGCACGGGUUCCACACAGAUGACAAGUUCCAGUCCGUGAACUAGGUCUGACGUUCUUACAAGUCGACAAUUUGCGACGUUGGUUUCUGAAUUCUGAAGUGAACGCGACUGUAUCGAAGAUGACGACUGUGUCAAAGGAAGUGAGAAGUGUUGAGCGGUACAUGAAGCAGAGUCAGGGAGGAGAAGCAGCAACCUCCUUUAGCCACAGUCUAAGGAGAAAUACUGUCACAGUCCAGGAGACCCUGUAUGCCCUUAACAAAUUGUUUCUCAAGAAAAAAGAAGACGGAUCCCCAUUUAACAGGGAGGCUGCAGACCUUCUAGAGUUGGCUCAAGAGCAAGCUGAAGCUGCUGAGGAUGACCUGGUCAGGACGUCCUUCCAUAAUGCAGAACUGCAGAUGCUGCUAACUGAUGAGAAGCUACAAGCAGAUGAUGCAAAGGUCCAACACGAAAGGGAGCUCUCUCAGGCCCAUGAAGACCUAGAAAUGGCCAUCUAUGACCUACAGGAGGAAAAAAACAGGAGUGCCCAGAAGCACAUCCUGAUAGAUGACUUGAAGGCACAGGUUGCCAUUCUAAAGACAGGAGGGUCCCGUUUCAGCAGUAGAUAUGAGGCCAGAGCCCACAUCUCACCUGAAGAGGCAGAAGCGAUGGCAUUCAGAAUCGCAGAGCUGGAGGUACUGCUAGAGGAACAGAGGAAGUAA